AUGCUUCAAACAGAUACUCAAACUCGUUUAUAUUGUGUUCAUUAUAUACCAGCAAAUAUUGAUUGUUCGGAUUGUCGUUCAACCGAGAAGGACUAUAAAAAUCGACCACUCUAUGCUCCUUUAUAUGUUCCUCUACCGAAGUUACCUACGGUACUUGAUAAUUCACAAUUGAAAUUACCUAAUGCAUUCUAUGUACCAUUCAAUGAAAAUCCGAAUAAUCAAAAACCAAAAAACAAUUCUUCAAAUUAUUUGUUAUCAGAUGAUUGUGUUGAAAUAAAUACAAAGAAUGGUAUUGUUCGUGUACCUCGAUCAACAUUUGUUCAAUAUUCUUGUUUAAAUGAAUCUAAUAAAUCUAAUAAUCAAUUAUCAACAAAAAAUUCUACAUGUAAUUCACAACAAAUCUUUCCUGGUGAUUUUCAAAAACAUGCACAUCGAUUUACACGUAGUUUUAGUUGGAAAACUAAACCAGAAGAACCACCAUUUGCACAAAUGCAACCACUACCAAAACUUAUUAAACGACCAGGUUAUGUAGAAAUAUGUUGUAAAAAUAUUUGUUGGCCAACACAUCAACUUUGUUUAUGUUGUACACGAAAUGUUGCUGAAAGUUGUCGUAAAUGGUCGAAAUCAACAGGAGAAUAUGAUUAUAUUGAUGCAUGUUGGUCAUCGUGUGCAUUAUGUUCAGAUGAUGCAUAUAAAAUACUUAAUACACCUAUUGUUUAUAAUGAGAAAAUUAUUGAUCCAGAACUGUUAUUACCACUCGAUGCUGAACUACUCUAUUAUUCAAUACAAUCAGCAAAACGUCAACAAGCAAAACAACAAAACUUUCAAACAGAAUCCAUAUUUACACAACAACAAUCACAAACAUUAGAAAAUCAACAAGAUAAUAUAGUACCAUUUUCUACUGAUAAGAAGGAUUCAAAAGAGUUGCCACCAGCAGCACCACAAAAUCCAGAGAGUAUAAUAAAAUCUGAAAUAUCCAAUAUACCAUUGCAAGAACAACAAGCAGUUAUACCAUUGCCAACAAUAACAAAGACUUUAGAUAAAUCAGAAGAACCGCAAAAAAUUAAGCCUUCAAAAUCAGUUAGAACUAAAAAAUCAUCACAAUCCACUCGAAAGAAGAAUUAUAGAAAAAAACCUACGAAAAAAUCUAACCGAUCACGAAGUUCUUCUAAAAAAGGAUCAAAAAGUCGUUUGAAAAGAAAAUCAAGAUCAAAAACUUAA